AUGGAACACAUUUGUCCGCAAAUCGAACGGCUGAUAUCGUGUCACACGUGUGGCGCGCAAUCGUUGCCGCCGUUUCAGUUGUGCGAGGCCGCGCACGUCAACUGCCCGCCGUGCGCGAAAUACAUGGCGCGGUGCUCGUGCGGCGACGAGUUCGCCGACGGGCCGCAAGUGCUGCUGGACUGGACGGUGUCCGCGCUGAAGUUCAAGUGCAAGCACUGCGGCACGGUGAACGCGGAAGACGCCGACGACGACGGCCGCACCGCGAACCGAUGGUACGCGGUCCACGAGCUCCACCGCCACUACCGGUCCGAGUGCACGCGGAACGCGUUCCAGUGCCCGUGGGCCGGUUGCGAUCACGUGGCCCGCGUCGAAACCGCGGCCGAUCAUUAUGAGACAGCGCACGGCCCGAUCGAAGUGCUGACGCCGACCGGCCCGGACCGGUGGUACGCGGUCCAGUUGAAAAUACCACUGUAAGUCCGUAAGUCGCCACAGUAGCGCGUUUACCGGCGGUAUGGGGGAAAGGGGGAGGGGGUGAUUGAUAUCAGUGGCGGCUCGAAGUAUGUUUACCUUGAAUCGCCUAAUUAGUUGUCCAACCCGACCACCCACCUACCCAUGUCAACCCAAAAUACUCCCGACCUACCAGAAAUGUAUUGAACUUUUACUCAAAAAAAUUCCGAUAGAAUUCGUCAACUUUAUCGACAUUUCUGCAAUCUAAAAUUCUUUUAAUGAAUUUUUUGUCUCAUUUCUGAACACCCAGUCACCCACGACCCGCUCACCGUUUUUUUUUUCUGCGAAACGCGUGGUUCAAAUUUACCCCUUUCGAGCCGCCACUGAUUGAUAUUAAAUCCGUCCUCGAAUUAUUUUCCGACAAUUAUAAUAGCGUCCUACACUAGAAGAGAGAGUUUCAUUACUUUAACGGCGGAACUUUAACUUUACUCGUCGUCGUGCAGUGGCCCGCAGUAAAUCUCUCACAUAUAAAUAGCUAGGCACCCACCCACCCGCCCCGCCAAUCAAAUCCAUGAGUUUAGGCAUAAUAAAACUCAAUUACAGAUUAAUAUUAUUAAUAUUAAACAAACAUACGUACAAAUAACAUCUAAACUCACCCGGCACCAGGCACCCGUCAAUUUUCCGAGGGGUGUCAGUUGACACCCCAGACCCCUCCCCCUCCCGGUGUGCGCCAUUGCCCGUCGGUACCGAUCGGUUUACGACAUCGCAGCGUUAGGUACCCGAACGCGUGUGUACACAUUGUUUGAAAACGAAAAAUUUAACACGAAAACCGCUGCAGCGGUACGAAUAAGGAACGUUAGAUUAUAAUGGUGGCACACCUCAAUAGGGAAUCGUUUAACGAACAACGUUAUUACUCGUCUAGUCGUUACAGUGAUGCGUUAGAGACAGGAUUUCUACGUUCUUAAAAUCCGCAAAAAUACACUCGAAAACGUCAAAAAACCUUGAAAAAAAAGAAAAAUCACUUAAAAUGUGUAUCAAAAUGCAUGCAAAAAUAAUAGAGGGGUUUAAUAAUUCCUCCUCUAACGGAUUUAAUUUAGUAUAAAUACAAUUUUCUAACACCAUGAAAAGUAUUAAACAAUUUUUUUUUUUUUUAUAAUGCGUACGAUGUUAUUUCAACGAAAUUAUACUUUUCAUGAAUCAAUGUUGUGUCAAGAAAUUUAAUUCAAUAAGUUAGAGCCAUUAGCGGGAGGGGGGAUGGGGGACUUUUCAAUUUCUCUGUCGAUUUCACCUUUUUGAAUGUUUGCAAAUGUUUUUUUUUUUUUUUCCAGAGAUUUUUUGAUGUUUAAAACGCUUUUUUGUGGAUUAUAAGAGAAUAUAAAUCUCUAUAGUUAAGUGAUGUGAUAUUCAAAUUUUAAAUUCUCAAAUUCUUAAAAUUGUCUAGCUGGUAUUUUAAAGAAGUAAAUUUUCGAUUUUCCAGGCAGGUUUUCAUAAUUAUUGGGAAAAACAUAGGAAAAACGUCGGGAUAAACGGACAGAUAUUUACGGCGUAACGACUUCACGAUUUUACAUUUUCGCAAAUACAAAAUCUUACCUAUUAUAAUUAAUAUUAUUACAAACAAUAAUUACCCAUCGAUAGUUUAUAAUUCGCAUGCUAUAAUGUUGAUAUUUUCGAAUUUCGGCAAAUCCGGAUUUUCCCUACCACCGCUACUAGUCGCGUCCGUAUUCAGCCGAUUAUUUUCGUUCGAGGCGGACUCGAUUAUCAGCGAAAAUCGAAAAUUGAUUUUUUUUUUUUUGAUAUGUAUAGCCCCCUGGGUACACUUUAUACAAUAUGACACGACAUUUUAAAAUCCAACAUCUCCAACUAACCCCCCCCCCCUCUACCCGUUCGGCGGUACCGUAUAAAUGCGCUACUGCGUCGCGCGCGUUAUUGUUGUUUUUACCGCAUAUUAAUUAUUAUUGUUGUUGAAACUAUCGAUAAAACGCUCGGAAAAUCGCCGAAAAACCGUUUCCUUCGGCCUUCAAUCGGUAUUCAGUGGCGAGAAGUUUAGGGGUUAUAUCGCCCGCCUCCCCAUUCGGCUUAGAAUACAAACAAAUAUGUGUAAUCUAAUGUCGAAAUGCAUUUAUUACGGGGAAACACUUGACAUAUUGCAGGUUAGAAAUUGACCUUUUUUAGGAUCCGGCUUAUAGAUAAUAAACCGCGUCCAUUUGGAUAGAGAAAGACGAAUUUACGAUUAAUUCGCGAUGCUUAACAAUCGCUACACAUAUCCCGGUGAUAAUUCCUUAGCGCGCCGCCGUCCGUACUGCGCGUUAUCAUCCGCUAAACGUCGAUCGAAAAUCAAUGAAAACGAAAAACUGCGAAAUAAAAGUCGAUAAUAUUAAUAUUUUUCACGACUAUACAAGGCGGCUGUAAUGUAUUCACGGGGCGUGCCGGCCAACAUAAUUGAAUUCGGUCGCCGUACAUAAAAUCGAAACGGACGUCCUGAACUCUCGACCGCGUUGCCGGGCUGUUUUGUUUUUUUUUUUUUAAUUGCUUUUUUUAGAGAUCGUUUAUGAUUUUCCCCGACGAUUCUUCCCGUCGGCCCGUCGUGAUGUGCGCGCGUAUAAUUAAAUCCGUCAAAUCUAUUGUAAUAAUAUUACCGCCACCGCCGGUGGAGCGAGACGGGCGGUAAAAGUCGAUUCACGUCAAGCCGACGUCGCGUCACCGACCGGCAACGUCUAAACGUGAAAUCUGUUAUGCAUUCACAUCGUAUAAAUGGAACGUGUCAGGUCACGUGAAAUUUUAAAAACGUCAAACAAACCUUUGCAUUUUACGGACGAUGUUUGGUCUACGGAAGUGUGCCUUACCUACAGAGCGUAAUACCGAAAAAAUUGUAUUUAAAAAAUCGUAGCGGUCUAGCGGUUUCAAAUUAAAAUACGUAAUAACAUAGUACACUACUGAAUCGUGCCAACAUUUAAUAAUAAUUACAAUAUCAGGGCAGUGGUGCAUUAUUAACACGCUACGCGCCGUACCGCCACACAGACUAUGAUGAUCCACUACGCUCCUACAACCCAAACUUAAAAGUGGAAUAUCUCGUCAACGGAAAUCAAAAAUUUCAACGCUAAAACUCAUUUCAAAUAAUACUCCAUCUAUUUAUGGAAUUUUUCAUAUAGGUUGCCGUUUGAAAAUCAAAAGUAGGUGGUGGGUUUAUCUAUGGAAUUAAGGACGGCAGCAAAAUAACAAAAAUAUGAAAUCGUGGCGCAGCUUGUUUCUUAAAUGUUCUAGAAAAUAAGUUUAUACUUUCCGAGAUAAUAAGUGUCUUAUGAUAAAUUGAUCAUCCCGUAUGAGUAGGCACGUACUAGUUGUUUACGAAAUCCUCAUGGAGCGUUUCAAACUUGUUUUUGAUCCAUACCACUUUAUCGAUUUUCGUUUGAGAGUCUAUCAAUAAUAUUAUCAGCUGUUGCAUGUCACGUCUCGUUUUAGAUUCCGAGUGGAGCAAAGAAGCUUAUGGUUUUUUGCAAAGAUGUUUAUUUUUUUAUUUUUUUUUUUAUUUGUAGCAUCUUUUCUGAAAGGAAAUCGGACUAGAAAGGUACUUAAACACGUCAUUUUUCGAUUUUCUUAGGAGUUUUUUUAUCAAAUGUGAAAAGCCGGGAAAAAACACGGGAAAACCAAGGUAUUCUACCUUUUAAACUUUCCACCCACAACAGAGGCUUCACCUAUCCCCAUUUAUUUUUUUUUUUUUUACCAUGAACGGGUAAAAUAAAAAUACCUAUAGUCCGUUUUAAUACAUUUAAAACCGAUUCGAUUUCAAACCUUUUGACGCCAUCGUACGAACGUACCGAGUGAUAUUCUCUAUAUUUUAAUUUUGUUUUCAAACAGACGAUAAUUGCAAAUGUAAAGUACAUAUUAUUAUUCACCUAUAAGAUUAAAUUACAUUGUACGGACAGUGAGAGAUGGGGUCGUUGUUUGAUAAAACGGGGGAGACGAACCGUCGGGGAAUUGCAGAGGAAAUUAGAAGAACGAGCGUGAUGACGUGACGGCACGCGGAAGCUUAUUUCACUAUGAGUAAUGAAGGGGAGUCUAUAUUUGGUUGAAUAAAAGUUCGGAGAGGAAUAAUUGAAUACUCGCCCGGUGCCUACGAUCAGAAGGGGCGGGGAGAGCGAGCGAGACGGACGAGUAGUCGCGCGGGGUGGGGGGUGCAAGGAUUCGUAAUAAUCCUGUAAACGACCGUCCCUAGAAACCUCCCCUUGUACCCACUCGGUCGUAUCGCUACUGCGACGGAGGUGUUUGGGUCCCGAAGGACUGCGGAACCGUACUCCAGGACGGGGCGAAUAAGUGCGCGGUAUGAAUAUUUAAGCGGUGUCCGGACAAAAUCCCGCCGUCAAAAUAUCUCGCCGCUAAAAUCCCGUCCGGACAAAAACGCGCGCACAGGAUUUCUUAUCAAAUUAAUUUUAUUAUUAUGUUUAAUCCAAGUCGUAUUAUAAUGUCACAGCGGUAUCCGAAAAUCCGGAUUAUUGAACUUCGACAAUUUCCAAACACUUACAAUACAUUUUCCCGACACUUGAUUUUUCCGACAAUAUCGAGUUUAAUUAUAAAUAAAUCUGUGUCAAAAAUUAUUGAAAAAUUCCAUAAAAUAUCACGUUGUUCACUAUCCAAUGUCACAUUCAAAAUUGAUGUUUCGGACGGUUAUAAAAUUUGUUUUUCAAAAUCAAAAUUUCCCCGUCCAUCGGUUUAUUAUUCGGGAACGCGAAUCGUAUCGCAAAUAACAGUUUAGUUCGUGACCGACCCCGCGCAAUAACAUUUUAUUUGUAUACUUUAUUGCUUAUUGUAGAGUUUAUUUGUAAUACUGCUCGCGGUACACUUUCACGCAGAACGAUAUUACCGGUGAUAUAACAUUCGUCUGAUUAGGGUCUUCGUGUAUUGACAAAAAAAUAACAAUAAUAAUAAUAAGACAUUGUACAUUAGUAUUAAGCAGGUACCGUAAAACCAUGUAAAAUGUAUUGCCGGGCAUUCGAAUGUCGGGAAAGUGAUCCCGUGAUACUGAUCGCAUUAUUAAUAACGCGUGUAUAACGCGCAUAGGCGCAAGUAUACUCGCCGUAUCAAGGACGGCUACUGCUUAGUUAGGUAUUGUCGUUGUAUUAACAAACGUCGCGUGUGGCGGAACUGCGGGGCUAUCGGUAACCCGUCCAAACAAAAGCCACGUGUUGUCACACGCGCAAAACGUUUAAAUGUACGAAAACGCCGAUUUAAGCGGAGCUGUGUGAGUUGCGCGAGGGGUUUUUCGGCGAGAGAGAAACCGGGAUCGCGAACGGGGUUUCGGGCGAUCGGGUGGGGAUUAUCGUUAACGUGGAUAGUUAGGAAACGUAUCCGGGAGUGUAUAUCGUACAUAUAUGCGGACGUUACGGUGAAGCCUGCGGAAGUACGCUUCCGGGGGGGGGGGCCUCAUCGUUAACCAUAUGACGACGACGGCGAUGGUGACGAUAAUGAUGUGUUUUCUGCGCAGUACGGCCGACGAGUUCGUUAAAAAAAUAUUCAACGGCUAUUUUAUGUUCACCGUGCGGUAUCCGUCGUACCGCCCCAGGGCCCAAGACACCAAACCGCACAUCACCGUGCGCAACAUCAAUCCGGCGGACGAGGUUCUGUAUACGCACGACUGGACGUUGGACAUUCCCAGAGAGGAUAUCACGGUCACCGUGUCGAUAGCGACGGAAAUGUUCGACAAAUCGACCUGA